AUUAGCUGAUCAAGUUCUCUUAAAAACUUUUCUGCAAAAAUGAUAAAUAUCGGUCUUAAUCGGUGCAUUUCGAUUUUCAAAAAUAAGCAGACGACAAAUGUUUAUUCACGAGACUAUGUACAUAAAAAAUAAUCUAGAACUGACUUCAAUUCAAAUUUGAUUAGUUGGCUACAUAAUUGGUGUAAAACACCAUAAUUAGUUGUUUAAAGAAGUGGGGACAUAUCUGAAUCGAGAUGGCAGGAAAACGGUUGCACACGAACCUUUCGAGCACUGUGUCACUCGAGCCCCAGGACAAUGGAAUCAGCCCCGUGGGGAGUCGGUCUCGGAACAUCAUCGAACUGGAGUUAGCGGACAUGAACCCGCCGGGAUCCCCGGGGACACGGACCGGGAAAUUCGCUUAUGACGAAACAGAGACGAAAAUAGGUGAACUCUCUGGCAGUCACGAUAAAGACGCCCAUGGGAAUAGAAAUAAAAGAAAAGCAAAAUCGACCUCUUCACAACCAGUAUUCGUGAUUUCAUUUCCAAAUAAACCAUCCACUCAAGUAAAUAUUGGCGCAGCGUCGAGCGGAAAAGUGAGUAUGCAGCAACAGAAUGAGGACGAACCCCGGCAAUCGACAGCAGCGUCCAUGGUCUCCAACCUCUCGUCGGACGUUGAAAUCCCGCUGCCCAACGACAGCCGAAUGUCGCAACUUUCGGAGAUAACACAUACUUCCCUGACACCGGAAGGCCCGUAUGAAGAGGAGGUUGACUUCUACUGCGUGGAUCACGGGCUGCUUGUCACGGGCAAGAGUGUGGUCGAGGCGGAACAUGUUGGCUGUCAGCACGUACUUCCGGCACACGAGUGGGCAGAGGCCCAGGCCAUGGAGAAGGAGCGCACUAACACGGAGGCCCGUCUGCGACAGUUCGACAUGUUUGCAGGUCGAAUGAUAGACGAACGAGACGAUCUAAAGCACCAGUUAUCGAACGACAAAGAGGAAGUCAGCAAUCAGUUUCUUGACGUCAUGGAGGACGUGAUUGCGUUCCUACUAUCGAAGCAGAAGCAGUUCAUGCGUCAGUUAGACGAGCUACACAACAAACACAUAAAGCAGAUAGACGGUCAGAUAAAACGAUGUCAGAAGAUCCAAGAGGAAACCAGCGACAGUCUUAAAAUACUCGAGGCGAGCGAUCCAAUAUCAGACGAGUUCAAAGUUCUCAAGCGGAAAUUGCAGAUGAAAUGUCCGGUUUACGAGGAGAUCCUCCGGCGAGACUUCAACAUGGCGAUGCGUAUCGAUUACGAGUUCCGGCAGGAUCCCUGGGUGGAGCAGCUCUUCAACAACCUGUCCAGCAUCGGUGACGUAAUCGCCCGCCCCCGGCCCUCUCAACUUCCGGGCUUCCUCUCCUUUUCAAAAAUCGCGGACUACUCUAAGAAAAACGUAGCCAACAUGUCUACAUGCGAAGCCACAAGCGCCGCUGAUGAAAACAGUUGUUGCUUCACGGGGUCGUGUUUCAUUCCUGGGGGGCGAAUCAUUCUAGCCGACUGGAACAACGCGUGUCUUAAACUCUUCAACAACAAGGGCGUCCUCACGCACCGGCUUGAUCUGCCCAACAACCCCUGGGACGUGAAGCUACUUCCGGAAAACCGCGUGGUGGUCACGGUCCCUGGGGAGCAGACGGUGCUCAUGGUUGAGCACAGUCUAGAUAAGGGGAUGGAGAUCGUGGACUCCUUCCACACGAAGUGUGAGUGCUGGGCCGUGACGCCCAUUGAAGGUGGCCGCCUCGCCAUGACCUGUGACCCAUGGAGCAAACAACCGUACGUCAAUGUAUACAAUCUAAACGGAAAGCUACUUUCGUUUUACAAAAAAGACAGUAAUGAUAACGCUCUUUUUAGCUACCCGGAACACAUCACAACGGACCAUCACGAACAGGUUCUCUACAUAUCCGACUCCCGGAAAGGCUGCGUGGUCGCUCUCACGUUGUCUGGCUGCCUCCUUUUCCGUUACUCCCACAAGAACCUGAUGUCACCCGUCGGGAUCACCUCCGACUACCAGGGGAACAUCUACAUCUGCGGUAAAGAGUCGCACAAUGUCCACCAGGUGUCGAAAUCCGGGGAGCUUAUCCGGAUACUGUUCGAUAAAGUGAUCAGCUCGCCUCGGACGAUCUGUCUCGAACCGGAAGGGGAGAGGAUAGUGGUUACGGGGGUCGGGAACGAUAACUGUAAUGACUUUGUCAUUGCCACACUGGAAUAAAUGGACUUGUUCCAAAGGAAUGCAUCGAUAUAUUUGUGAAUAGAGUUUGCGUCAAUAUUCAAUAAUGGAGAAUUCGAGAUAUUUUAAAAUUUAGAGUGUUCCAGAACGGCUUACCAUUUACGGCAUUUUAUGAAGAAAUCUCGUCAGUGUUUGUGACGUACAAACGACCUAGGGCCAAUUUCUCGAAACUAUACUUAUGUCUGUUAUAACACGAUCAAGCUAAGCUCACUGUUUUUGUUCUUCUAAAACUUGUGAAAUAUUUACUAUUUUGGAAGGUUUUUAUUGUUUAUUGAAGUUAUCUGUCUGAUAAUCAAGAAAAACUCAUUUCCAUGUAUCAAUAUUAGGUUAAAAUAAGAAGUUUUGUUAUACAGACAAGCCACUUCAGUCUGUUAGGCUGAAGAAGUUUAGAGAAAUCAGGGCCAGAUGAUUCCAUCCAGAUCCAUUGGAGAUUGAACAAGACCAUGUAACGAAAUGGGCAAAAUAAUAUCAGGGCCUGUAUGAAAAAUGUGAUUUUGCCGAUUUUCUGCUGUGACAUGCAUGUGUGUAAAAGAGUACUAAAUUAUUCAAAUAGUAUAUAGAUCUUUAUUCAUGAAAUAAUUAUCCUUUAAAGGGUUUGAAAAAUCGAUACAAUUUCUGUCUGUUACACUGUUUGAACAUCAAUGACGUCAUUUGUUGACACCAAUUUUUCUUGGAAAUCAGAACGCCUACUAACUGAUCGGUGUACCGUGAAAUCUACUUUAGCUGUUCACUAGAUAACUGCUAUGAAAGUAUAAUAGGAGUGGAUUUUUGCAGAUUAGGAUUUCACGAAACGCUGACCAAGUGAAAUCAAAAUCUCUUUAAAUUCCACAAGAGACGAAUAUCAACGUCCACAUCAAAACGUAGCGCUAAUAUCCUGAUUAUGAACAUAAAUGGCCUCCCGCACAAAAACGCAGCGCUAAUAUCCUGAUUAUAAACAUAAAUGGCCUCCCGCACCAAAACGUAGUUUUAAUAUCCUGAUUAUAAACAUUACUGGCCUUCCGCACCAAACCGCAGCGCUAAUAUCCUGAUUAUAAUCAUAAAUUGCCUCCCGCACCAAAACGUAGCGCUAAUAUCCUGAUUAUAAACAUUACUGGCCUUCCGCACCAAAACGCAGCGCUAAUAUCCUGAUUAUAAACAUUACUGGUCUCCCGCACCAAAACGCAGCGCUAAUAUCAUGCUUAUAAACAUUUCUGGUCUCCCGCACCAAAACGCAGCGCUAAUAUCAUGCUUAUAAACAUUACUGGUCUCCCGCACCAAAACGCAGCGCUAAUAUCAUGCUUAUAAACAUUACUGGUCUCCCGCACCAAAACGCAGCUCUAAUAUCCUGGUUAUAAACAUUACUGGCCUCCCGCACCAAAACGCAGCGCUAAUAUCCUAGUUAUAAACAUUACUGGUCUCCCGCACCAAAACGCAGCGCUAAUAUCCUGGUUAUAAACAUUACUGGUCUCCCACACCAAAACGCAGCGCUAAUAUACUGGUUAUAAACAUUACUGGUCUCCCGCACCAAAACGCAGCGCUAAUAUCAUGCUUAUAAACAUUACUGGUCUCCCGCACCAAAACGCAGCGCUAAUAUCCUGGUUGUAAACAUUACUGGUCUCCCGCACCAAAACGCAGCUCUAAUAUCCUGGUUAUAAACAUAACUGGCCUCCCGCACCAAAACGCAGCGCUAAUAUCCUGGUUAUAAACAUUACUGGCCUCCUGCACCAAACCGCAGCGCUAAUAUCCUGGUUAUAAACAUUACUGGUCUCCCGCACCAAACCGCAGCGCUAAUAUCAUGCUUAUAAACAUUACUGGCCCCAGUAUCCUGGUCAUAAACAUUACUGGCCUCAGUAUCCUGCUUAUAAACAUCACUGGCCUCCCGCACCAAAACGCAGCGCUAAUAUCCUGCUUAUAAACAUUACUGGCCCCAGUAUCCUGGUUAUAAACAUUACUGGCCUCCCGCACCAAAACACAGUAUUUAUAUAUAUCCUUAUUAUUAUCAUAUACAUUACCGUUUUAUAUCACUCAAAAGGCACGUUAUUAAACAUAUCAUUAAUUUACACUUUCUUAAAUGUUGAUUUAUUUUUACGAAACAUGAAACAAAUAAACAAAAACAAGAUAAAUAAUUUGCAUGUAUAUUCUUAUGCGAUGAUUCGCGAUCCGAACAUUCGAAGAUGUUGCGUUCAUCGGAUGAUAACAACUUUUGCCGAAAGGCAGUUCAUGUAAGGGAUGGAAGUUGAGCUGUAAAAAUUACAUGAUAAAUUACAUUUUAAUGACGCACUAUUUUUUAUUGACGUCAUUUUUAAAUCGCGCAAUGAUUCUAGUUAUGGUGUGAUGAUGUGAUGUCAAGAGUGAUAUACAGCCGUAUUGCAAUAUUUGUAAUGCAUUGCUAGCAUAUUUAUGACUCAGCUGAGGCGUCAAUAGUUAACUCUAUUAUCAAAAGCGAAACAGGCGUUUUCAAACAUGAGUUCAAUACAAACUUUUGAACUUUUACAAAACAAAAACAAUAUUGUUCAUGUUUUAUUCUUUUUUGACAUGCAAAUUUUUCGCAGAUCAAAUAUAUAUGAAUCGAGCUUACAUAAAUUAUAAUCAAAACUUUUGUUAAACACUGUAUCCAUUUACAUAGUUGAUGUAAUGUUACAAUUUUAACUUUAAUAAAAACUAGAAGC